CGUCAAUUUUCCGAAAGACCGUGCCGGACUUGACCUGGUCCGAUCUGGAGCUGAGCUGCCGCGCCAGAUGUGUUUGCCUUGCCGACGCUAACGCUUAACGCUAACGUCUGGUACCUAGACCUUAAGCUGCCAUCCUGCCAUUCUACCAUUACAGCCAAACCUCAAGCCCGCCCUACGCCCACGCCAUUGAGCUAUCCUCACCACAGCAAACUGCUACUCGACGACGAGACAUCAUCUACGAACCACCAAACUCAAGCGGACAUAUUUUUGUUUUCUAGUAAUACAUUCGACGCCAUGUCGUCACCCUUCUCUAUAAACGGCGGCGCCGCAGUAGCCAUGGUAGGCAAGGACUGCGUCGCCAUAGCCUGCGAUCUGCGUCUGGGUCUGCAAUCCCUCACCGUCUCCAACAACUUCCCCAAGAUCUUCCAAUACGGCGACGUAUUCCUAGGGCUCACCGGCCUGGCCACCGAUGUGUCCACGGUGUCGGACCUGUUCCGGUACAAGGUGAACAUGUACCGACUGCGCGAGGAGCGCAACAUCGCGCCCACCACCUUCGCCAACCUCGUCUCUUCGUCUCUGUACGAGCGCCGCUUCGGCCCCUACUUCGUCAGCCCCGUCGUCGCCGGCCUCGAGCCCAAGACUGGCAAGCCCUUUAUCUGCGGCUUCGACUCCAUCGGCUGCAUCGACUUCGCCAAGGAUUUCAUCGUUAGCGGUACCGCUUCCGAGCAGCUAUUCGGCAUGUGCGAAAGCUUGUGGGAGCCCGAUCUAGGCCCCGAUGACCUAUUCGAAACAAUCUCACAGGCUCUGCUAAGCGCCGUCGACCGAGAUGCUUUAUCAGGCUGGGGUGCGCACGUGUACAUUAUUGAGAAGGACAAGGUCACCAAGCGAUUACUAAAGGGCCGACAAGAUUAGGAGACAGACUAUAUCUGGUCCGGUGCUGUCUUAGGUCUACUGGCGUGUACUAGAUACCUCAUACGUAAGGUAAAUAGUAAUUCGAACAGGGUGGAUUGGUCAACUCCACGAAUAGAUAAGGACUAGAAAGAAAUAUCUACUGGAGUAAGGCAAAUAAGACAUAGCGAAUGGACAGAGGCAGACACGAGAUGGCAAAUAGCCCGUUAUUGUACUAAUAUCAAAGGUAGUACCUUAAGCAAGGUGGCCAAAGUCAAGAUGAAAACCUUCACGCGAAAUCCGGAAUCCCUUAU